CGGCCAUAAUAUAGUAUGAACCGCGCACCGAUAAGUAUAGGUACUAGAAUUCCAUCCACUUUUCCAUCUCUGAACCAAACAUUUCAUCCUCCAAACUUCACCAAAAUGCAUCCACGUAACUUGAUCAGAUGGCUGGAAGCCUAUUUGAAAAGUUCCAAUAUCCACGGCCUGAAGUAUAUAGUGGAAAAGAAUUACCACUGGACUGAGCGUUUAUUUUGGCUCAUCAUGUGCGUGUUGAGUUGGUACGCCUGCGUUGCGACUGUCCUUAGCAUAAACAGAAAUUUCGUGGAGAAACCAGUGGCUAUCACCGUCGACACGUCGUACCUCGAUUGGCAGUCGCCCUUUCCAACAAUCGCUAUCUGCAGUAGUUUCAAUCAAGCCGCCAAAGAAUUCGCGGCUUCUCUAAUAAAUAAAUACAGUAACAAGAGUUUGAACGCUCAUACGCUUUCGGAGCAACUGUUUUUACCCUCGAGAAUGGGCUACUUGAAACGGCUCGAAAAAUUAAAUAUACCGGCUGAAGACUACGUGGCAGUGUACGAUCGGGUAGAACCAAACUGUUCGGAAACCUUCAUCGGUUGCUCAUGGAACGGCAAAGCAUUCAACUGCUGCAACGAGUUCGUCACACUGCACACCGCGGUGGGCUACUGCCAGAUGCUUAAUUCCAAGCACGCGAAGCCCGCGAAUCCAGCGGUGGACUUUAGCGUCAAUCGAACGCACAGAUACGCUCAGCUGUCGUUCGACUUUACCGAGCGAUUCAAAAAGGCUAAUUCCGAUAUUCAGAUUUUCUUUUUGAACAACGUGGAGAUACCGACCAUCUCGACGAGCAACAACAAGAUACUGAAGAACAUCGAGAGGGUCGUCGGUAUCGAAUUCAACAUUCUCGACAUCGUCAACGAGAGCGGAGUCAGGAAUACACCACCAGACAAGCGUGAAUGUCGAUUCCCGGAAGAAAACGAGGAUACGCUCAUCUACAAGCUUUACAGCUUCGACGGAUGCAUCACCGACAUCGACGUGCAUCGAAUGCAAGAGAGCUGCGACUGCAUAAGCUACGCGUAUCCGCGCAAAGCCGGCCUGCGCGUCUGCAACAUGACAGGCAUGCGGUGCAUCGGUGAGUACAGGCGCGAGGGGCAAGCUUCCAGCAGCAGCAGCUGUUUACCCGACUGCGAAGGUGCCUCCGUCGAUUGGUACACCUACGAGCUUAUCAACGAGGAAUCGACGAGAGGCUCAGGCCUGAGGAUGAGAAUGCUGUCGAUGCCGCAUAUGCGCUACCAGCGCUACGUCGUUCGCAGUCUUCUCGAUGUUGUAGUGGCAAGUGGCAGUUCGAUCGGCUUGUUCACCGGAGCCAGUGUACUCAGCGUCGUGGAACUUUUUUAUUGGCUGCUGUUUAGACCUCGUAAAUCUGGCUGAUCCUCGCGCAUAUAGGUAUAUGCUAAUGCCGUUUCGAAUUAGAGAAUGUCAACAAGUUUGUAAUUUAAUUUCACGUUUAAAACUGUGUUCUCAAACAAAGCAAUAAAUAAUCAACCGAACGAGUGAA